GCGCGAGACGUUGGGCCGUGCGCACGCGUUUGAGCCUUUCGCAUCGAAUAACAAUUUUUACGAGUACCCGUAAUCCUUUUUUUUUUCUUAUGGACGAGGAUUUGAGCGGUGACGAUUUAAGUGACUCGGAUAUAUUACGAAAAUGUGAACAACAACUUAAUGAGAUGGGAAAUAUGGGUGAGAUAAAUCAGGAGAGUGGACAAGACUUAAAUGAAGUUGAGAUGAUAAGGACAGCAGAGAAAAGAAAAGAACGAGAAGAUGAUUUUAGUGAAGAUGAUUUUAUUACAGUAAGAAGAAGGAAUCCCAAACUUUUGAUAAGAAGUAAUUCGACGGAUGUAAAUAAUGUCAAAGUAAAUAAUAAGGGAGGUACUAACACAUUUGAAACAAGUACUUACCAUGAAGUAAUUGUUACUUCAUUGAAUAAUCUACCUAAGCCGAUUGCUAUGGCCAAGUUAUUACGGUCGGAAAACAUUAAGGAUAUCCUUAAAAUAAAAUAUAAAAGUUCAUAUAAAAUGACUAUCCACUUACAAACAAAAGACGAUGCUAAAAAAAUUAUCGAGAAUAAAAAGUUGAAGGACAUGGGCUUAAGAUGUCAAUUAGUGCAUGACAUGUCAACAUCGUACGGAAUAGUGAAAGGUAUCGAUCUAGAUCUAGACGAAGAGGAACUUACUAAUAUUUUAAAUGCGGAAGCUGAAAUUUUAGCAAUAAAAAGAUUAAAACGCUUGACGCCGGAAGGAAACUGGAUUGACUGCGAAUCAGUAAGGGUGAGCUUUAAAGGUAAUGUUUUACCACAAUACAUUUAUGCGUACGAUUGUCGUUUUAAAGUUGAUCCGUACGUAUUUCCCGUUACACAGUGUUCGGGCUGUUGGCAAUUUGGCCAUAUAAUUAAAUAUUGCCCCACUAAGAAAAUUUUGUGCCCUAAAUGUGGAGGCAAUCACGAAAACUGCACAAUUAAGGACUUCACUUGUUUAAACUGCAAGGGAAAUCAUUUUGUCCUAGAUAAAACUUGUCCUGUUUUUAGAAAAGAGAAAUCUAUACGUAUUAUAAUGAGUGAAAAACAAGUCACAUAUCGAAGAGCUCUGCAGUUGUAUAUGGAAAAGAAAGAAACACAAAACAAUUUAUACAUAAAUGAUAUUCCACAGCGAGUCGAGAACUCACAGCUUAAUACCACCUCCAACGCUGUUGAAAGAACCUACAGAGAUGUAUUGACCAAAGCUGUAGUGCACCAACAACCGUUAACAGAUAUGGAAGAGGAUGAAGGAGAAGAGUCAGAAAAGCAUAGUGAUGAUGUGACGAAAGAAAUUUCAAAAAAAAAUGGAACACAAACAAAGAAAAUUUUGAAAAAAGGGCAACACAAAAGUAAUGUGUCGAGGAGGGCACGAAAUCCAAACAUGGAAAGAAAUUGUUUACAGAAUGGAAAAGAAGAAAAUAAGCAAAAUAACAUACCACAUCCAAAUAGUUUUGAAUGGACUAGGAUAUGGACAAAAUUAAAAAAUAUAUAUUACUCUGAACUUAAACUAUAAGAAAAAAUA